GCCGGGUGUGUGGCGGUGAGGGAAAACAUGGCGGCGGCGGCGGCGGGGGGGACCCUGUCGCUGUUCUGCGGGAUCGGCCUGAGCGACCAGAAGGCCAAGGAGACGCUGAAGAACGAGGCGCUGAGCGACCUUCUCAAACUGGCCAUUGAGCAGGCACAAAGAAUUUUAGGUCCGAACAUUGACAAGGUGACGGGCACUCUCCUGUACAAUGUGGCAACACGGCUCAAGGACCAGAGACGCCUGGGUUUCCUAGUUGGUUACGUUGCAAACAAGAAAAUGAUUACAGACCUGCAGCUAAGUGCUUCCCUGGACUACAUUAAAAGCCAUCCGGUGGAUCCAAUUGACGCUACCAAUUUUGAGAAAGAAUGUGGUAUUGGAAUUGUAGUGACGCCGGAACAGAUUGAAGAGGCGGUCGAAGCAACCAUUAACAAACAUAAGAACCAGAUAGUUACGGAGCGAUACCGAUUUAACACGGGGCUGCUUAUGGGUGAAGUGAGGACUGCAUUGAAAUGGGCAGAUGGUAAAAUUAUCAAGAAUGAGAUGGACCUGCAGGUUCUGAAUUUACUGGGGCCCAAGACUGAAGCUGACCUAGAAAAGAAACCUAAGGCCGGGAAGCAAAAGGUACCAAAAGAGAUGAAUGAAGAAAAGAAAGGUUCUGCGGUGGAUGGUGAGGUGAACCUGGAAUCUGCCUCCCUGAUGGAGCAGUUAAGAGGUGAAGCUUUGAAAUUCCAUAAACCUGGUGAAAAUUUCAAGACGGAAGGUUAUGUCGUCACUCAAAAUACAAUGAGCCUUCUAAAGAUGCAUCUGGAAAUGACUGCAGGACAGGUGCGAUCUCGUUUUCCCCCAGAGCCCAAUGGGAUUCUCCACAUCGGUCAUGCAAAGGCCAUCAAUUUCAAUUUUGGCUUUGCCAAGGCAAACAAUGGCAUCUGCUUCCUUCGCUACGAUGAUACAAACCCAGAGAAAGAAGAAGAGAAGUACUUCCGAGGCAUCAAGGAAAUGGUCGAGUGGUUGGGUUAUUCACCGUAUGCAGUGACCCAUGCAUCUGACAAUUUUCAACAGCUGUACAAGUGGGCAAUGGAACUGACCAGAAGAGGUCACGCGUACGUGUGCCACCAAAAAGUAGAUGAGAUCAAAGGACACAACCCACCCCCGUCCCCAUGGAGGAAUCGACCGAUCGAGGAAUCUCUGCUUUUAUUUGAGGGAAUGCGGAAAGGGAAGUUUGCCGAAGGAGAGAUGACACUUCGUAUGAAGUUAAUUAUGGAGGAUGGGAAGAUGGAUCCAGUGGCGUACAGAAUCAAAUACACACCCCACCACAGGACUGGUGAUAAAUGGUGUAUAUACCCAACAUAUGACUACACCCAUUGUUUAUGUGACUCCAUCGAAAACAUCACACACUCCCUGUGCACCAAAGAAUUCCAGGCGAGACGCUCCUCUUACUACUGGCUGUGUAAUGCUCUGGACGUGUACUGCCCCGUGCAGUGGGAAUAUGGUCGCUUGAACCUCCAUUACACUGUGGUAUCGAAGAGGAAAAUCAUCAAACUGGUUGAGAUGGGUGCCGUCAGGGAUUGGGAUGAUCCACGCUUGUUUACAUUGACUGCUCUCCGCAGAAGAGGCUUUCCUCCAGAGGCCAUCAACAACUUCUGUGCAAAGGUGGGCGUUACAGUGGCCCAGACCACAAUGGAACCCCAUUUGCUAGAGGCGUGCGUCCGGGAUGUUCUGAAUGACGUGGCACCCAGAAUCAUGGCUGUUACGGAGCCGUUGAAGGUUACAAUUACAAACUUCCCGUUUGACGAGCCUGUAGAGGUAACCGUUCCAAACUUCCCAGCAGAUGAAAGUAAAGGAUCUCACAAAGUGCUGAUGUCCACCACGAUCUACAUCGAGCAGUCUGAUUUCCGAGAGGUGAUGGAGAAGGGCUACAAGAGGCUCACUCCCGAGCAGCCGGUGGGACUGAGGCACGCUGGCUACGUCAUCUCUGUCCACAACCUCAUUCGGAACAAGAAUGGCAAGCUGGUGGAGCUGGAGGUCACGUGUCAAAAAUCAGAAGCAGGAGAAAAACCGAAGGCCUUUAUCCACUGGGUGUCCAAUCCCGCGUCCUGUGAGCUAAGGCUCUAUGAGCGACUCUUCCUGCACAAAACUCCCGAGGACCCCAGUGAGGUGCCAGGUGGCUUCUUGACAGACAUUAACCCUAAUUCCAUGAAAAUAAUUGAGGAUGCUCUGGUGGAUGUAUCUAUCAAAGAUGCUAAGCCAUUUGAUAAGUUCCAGUUUGAGAGGAUUGGGUACUUCUCUGUGGAUCCAGACAGCACAGGCGCAAAGUUGGUGUUUAACAGGACAGUGACGCUGAAAGAGGAUCCGGGCAAGAUCUGAGCUUUGAUCGUGAGAUCUGGCGCUGUGAGACAACUGCAAAUAUUUGGGAUUUAUUUUGUUUUUAAUCGAGAUACCUUUAUUCUUUCGCGUUCCAUCAAACUACAAAAGAACCAUUAUAAGGUGGUAGUAGUGCACCUGGUCAGGUCAGCACACUGCAUUUGUGCAGAAAAGGAUAUUGAGGGAUAUGGGCCAUGGAAAUAGAAAUACAGCUUUCUCCGCUAAAAAAGAACCCCCAACUUUUGGGGGUCAUUAGGCUGCCACUGACAUCGCUUCCUGCACAUAGAGCAUCGUGGAGGAAGUGAUGGUAAUGACCCAGAAGUUGGCCAUUUUUUAGCGGGUGGGAAAUCAGCAUCCACCUUACAAGUGAUCUAACGAUGGUGGGUGGGUUCUGUGGGCGGGUGUCUUGUAACAGGAUACUACUGUAGGCAUGUGAAAUAAAUGAGACCACAGCAAACACA